AUGGCGAGGAAGUCGGUCAGCGCGGAGCUGCAGUGGGGCGGUCGGGCUGCCCCGUGGCGCUUCGGACAGCCAUGGAGCUGCGUGCGCCACGUGUGCCCGCAGAGCGGGGAGGCCGGCCUGCCCCGCGGCGCCUCAGCAGCCGCCAAGCCGCUCCUCCCUGCUGAGGACAUCACUGUGAGAAAAUUUUACUACAUCACCCUGCUGAGAGACCCCGUAUCUCGUUACCUCAGCGAAUGGCGGCACGUCCAGCGAGGGGCUACGUGGAAGACAUCCUUGCACAUGUGUGACGGCAGGACCCCCACUCCUGAAGAGCUGCCGUCGUGCUACGAGGGCACGGACUGGUCGGGCUGCACGCUGCAGGAGUUCAUGGAUUGCCCAUACAAUUUGGCCAACAACCGCCAGGUGAGGAUGUUGGCCGACUUGAGCUUGGUGGGCUGCUACAACAUGUCCUUCAUCCCAGAGAACAAGCGAGCGCAGAUCCUGCUAGAGAGUGCAAAAAAGAACCUCAAAGACAUGGCCUUCUUCGGCCUCACAGAGUUCCAGAGAAAGACUCAGUACCUCUUUGAGAGAACUUUUAGCCUGAAAUUCAUCAGGCCCUUCAUGCAGUACAACAGCACGCGGGCCGGCGGCGUGGAGGUGGAUAACGACACCAUCCGGCGCAUCGAGGAGCUCAACGACUUGGACAUGCAGCUCUAUGACUAUGCAAAGGACCUCUUCCAGCAGCGCUACCAGUACCGGCGGCAGCUGGAGAGGAUGGAGCAGAGGAUAAAGAAUCGGGAAGAGAGGCUUCUUCACCGGUCCAAUGAAGCGCUUCCCAAGGAAGAGACCGAAGAGCAAGGACGCUUGCCCACUGAGGACUACAUGAGCCAUAUUAUAGAGAAGUGGUAGCCUAGGCUGACUUUUAUAUUAACGAGAUUCUAGGGGUUCCAUAUAAGAGAUCAUGGAAGUAAAA